ACCCCACGGAAGGCCUUCGUCUCGUCUUGCCCCCCUGCCCAAGAACUUCCAUGUUUGCGCCCCCGCGUCGCCCCCUCGGCCGCGUAUAUAUACCCGGGCUGCCGCCUCCGCCAUAGCACACACCACCAAAGUCAUCGCAUCGUAUUGCGCCUGACUGAUUCAAGCAGUUCCAGAGCCAAGAGCGAGUAGCAGCCAGCCAUGGUGCUCUCCAGGGCCGCCUCGGACACCGACGUGUCUGUUCACUCCACCUUCGCCUCCCGCUAUGUCCGGUCGUCCCUCCCGAGGUACCGCAUGCCGGAGAACUCGAUCCCCAAGGAGGCGGCGUACCAGAUCAUCAACGACGAGCUGAUGCUGGACGGCAACCCGCGGCUGAACCUGGCGUCGUUCGUGACCACGUGGAUGGAGCCCGAGUGCGACAAGCUCAUCAUGGCCUCCAUCAACAAGAACUACGUCGACAUGGACGAGUACCCGGUCACCACCGAGCUCCAGAACCGGUGCGUGAACAUGAUCGCGCAUCUCUUCCACGCGCCGCUGGGCGAGUCGGAGACGGCCGUGGGCGUGGGCACGGUGGGGUCGUCGGAGGCCAUCAUGCUGGCCGGGCUGGCCUUCAAGCGGAGGUGGCAGAACAAGCGCAAGGCAGAGGGGAAACCGUUCGACAAGCCCAACAUCAUCACCGGCGCCAACGUCCAGGUCUGCUGGGAGAAGUUCGCGAGGUACUUUGAGGUGGAGCUCAAGGAGGUGAAGCUGCGGGAGGGGUACUACGUGAUGGACCCGGAGCAGGCGGUGGAGAUGGUGGACGAGAACACCAUCUGCGUGGCGGCCAUCCUCGGCUCCACGCUCAACGGCGAGUUCGAGGACGUCAAGCGCAUCAACGACCUGCUCGAAGACAAGAACAAGCAGACAGGGUGGGAGACGCCGAUCCAUGUGGACGCGGCGAGCGGCGGGUUCAUCGCGCCGUUCCUGUACCCGGAGCUGGAGUGGGACUUCCGGCUGCCGUGGGUGAAGAGCAUCAACGUGAGCGGCCACAAGUACGGCCUCGUCUACCCCGGCAUCGGCUGGUGCGUCUGGCGCAGCAAGGAGGACCUGCCCGACGAGCUCAUCUUCCACAUCAACUACCUCGGCACCGACCAGCCCACCUUCACCCUCAACUUCUCCAAGGGCUCCAGCCAGGUGAUCGCGCAGUACUACCAGCUCAUCCGCCACGGCUUCGAGGGGUACAGGAACAUCAUGGAGAACUGCCAGGAGAACGCCAUGGUGGUGAAGGAGGGACUGGAGAAGACGGGGCGCUUCAACAUCGUGUCCAAGGACGAGGGCGUGCCGCUGGUGGCCUUCUCGCUCAAGGACCACAGCCGCCACGACGAGUUCGAGAUCUCCGACAUGCUGCGCCGCUUCGGCUGGAUCGUGCCGGCCUACACCAUGCCGGCCGACGCGCAGCACGUCACCGUGCUCCGCGUCGUCAUCCGGGAGGAGUUCAGCCGCACCCUCGCCGAGCGCCUCGUCAUCGACAUCGACACCGUCAUGGCCCAGCUCGACGUGCUCCCCUCCAAGCUCACGCCCCCCGCCCUGGGGCUGCUGCCGGCCACGCUGCCCAAGACCGUCGCCAAGAAGACGGAGCUCGAGACGCAGAAGUCCGUGGCGGCGGCAUGGAAGGAGUUUGUGCUCGCCAAGAAGACCAACGGCGUCUGCUAGUGCAAAAUCAACAGCGUCCAAAAUCCAAGCUACCGAUCCAAUAUAGUAGUACUAUUAUGAUUCGAGUAAAACUGCUAUUAUAGGUUGAUUUAUUAGGGGGAGUUUGUAACCAAAAUUUUGCUGUGUCUUUUUAAGACUUGAGCUGUUGCGCUGCAAUGAUAGCAAGUACUACUACAAUUUUCUGUUAAA